CUGUCUCUCUCUCUCUCUCUCUCCCUAGUACUCCUCCCGACUUCCACAGCCAAGAGCCGCUGAAUAAUCAGAACAUUUUCUCACUCUAGUUUCUCUUUCUACAUUUUCACACCCACCCCACUUUCCCAGCUUCCGACUACGACUGUCUCUCGCCGGCCUCCGAUCGGCGGGCGAAUCCAUAUCCUUCGUUCACCUUCUUUCAAUUUGCUCUUUCUAUACGGACGCUACUCCAUAUUUGUGGUAUACUAUUUAUUGUUUUGUGGAAUGUUUAUUGGUUGACAGCUUGCAACCAAUAGAUUUUACUCUUUGUAUGUGAGCAUGGGAUCUGCUUGUUCUGUAGCUGCAAGAGAUAGAACAGUAACAAAUGGAUCAACCAGUGAAGUUUUGCAGAGGAAUGUCAGAUAUUCACCAUCAUGGAGCUUCCGGUGGGAUAAUCGAGGGCGAGUAGCAGGGGAAGACGUAUCACUGAAUUGGUCUUCUGAUGGAAUUAGUGGUAAUGAUAGAUUUGAUUUUAAGUCUAGGACAACUGUAGAAACAGUAUAUGCCUCUGAAGAGGGAAGCCCAUUGGAUAGCUUCAGGUCACUUGCAUGGCAGAAGUCACCUACUUCAGAAAGAAAUGGUGGAAGUAUGGCACAACCUUCAUCAGAUCCUUCGGCGGCUGUGAACUCUACUGAGGUAAUAGAGUCAACAAGAUUGCCUGCAGUAUCUUAUCAAUCUCCUGCAAAGUUGCCUUCAUCAGUGCCUUCUGUUUCAUCCCUUUCUACAUCACCUUUGUCAUCACAAAGUCAGCAGCUUCCUGUGAACUUGACUCCAUCAAGGUUGCCUUGCCACUCUCCUAGACAUCAACUGUUGCGGCAAGUAUCUGAUAGUCGUGUACUGGGAAUCAGGUCCCCAACUUUCUCUAUAUCUGAAGAAGCAUCUUCUGUCAUGCUACCUGGUUGGAGCAAUGAAUCAACUAGAGGCUCUCAUUGUGGAUCGUCAGAUAGUUGGUCUAUUCCUGCCUUUCCUGAAUUCCUACAAACUUCUCGCAGAGAUAGGUGGUCUUUUGAUAGUGAAAGCUUUGGCUUCCUUUGUGACAAAGUAACCAGAUCUAGUGGAAGAACUUCUGGUUCACCCUCUUUAGAUCUCCGGACAUGUGGCAUUUGUGGAAAGCUGCUAACUGAGAAAUCUUCAUGGUGUGGUCGGAAAGGUAUAGAAUCUAAUGAAAUUGCUGUUGUUGCUGUUCUGACAUGUGGACAUGUUUUCCAUGCUGAGUGCUUGGAGAAUAUGACAUUGGAAAUCAACAAGUAUGACCCGGCUUGCCCUGUCUGUACAUUUGGGGAGAAGCAAGUGUUGAAGAUGUCCGAGAAGGGCUUGAAAGCAGAGAUGAAUUCAAAAGCUAGAAAGAGAUACAGGAAUCGAGUUGUUGAUAGCGAUUAUAAUGAAAACCUUGCCAUGUUAGAGCACAACCAGAAAAGUAGUGGACAUGUGGGGAGGUGUCCCAAGAUGAGCCCAAGUUCAAGCAUGAAGUUUUCUUCUGGAAAGCCAUUACUGGGACGCCAUUUUUCAUUUGUAUCAAAGGGGACAAGAACCUUGUCCGAGAGUAAUUCUACUCGGAAGAAGGGGUUUUUCUGGACAAGAUCUAGCAAGGAGAAAGCUUCUUCCUGGAAACAAUAGUUAAGCAGCAUGUUUGUACUUCUGAAAUUUUUUUCCUUGUCACAUUCAAUCAUGCUAUGGUCGCACUUCCUUUUAUUGCGUUUGGUUUUUAAAUUACUAUUCUCCGACACUCGAUUUACAGAUAUUCAAUGUGUGAUCUUGCAAUCUUGCAUUGCUACUUGGCCGGUAGUUGGAGGCGUGGCAAGAAGUCAAUUGAAGACCUUACAAAGACAAAGGGAUGACUAAAUUGUUUUGCUGGCAGAUUUAGGUUAGCUUCUUUCUGAAGAUACAAUGUAAAGAGAAUUGAAGGGGAAGGAAUAGAGAUGGAAGGGUAUGAAUUCAAUAUAGUAAAAAGGGAAUUUAUAACGGCAAGUUAUUUUCUGUCUUUGUACAUUCAAUUUGGUUUUGUUUCAUGUCAAGUGCAUGAAUUAUUUCGAAGGCUUGGUACGCUUGCUUAUGAUGUGUGGUUGAUUCCAAUUAACACGGAUGGUCUAUGAAAUAGCA